UAAUGGUUCUAGUUAUGGAUGAUGAAGAGAGUAACAACAACGUAGAAAGAUAUGACGACGUCGUCUUGCCAGGGUUUAGGUUCCAUCCAACUGAUGAAGAGCUCGUGAGUUUCUACUUGAAACGCAAGGUUUUACACAAGUCUCUUCCCUUUGAACUCAUCAAGAAAGUGGAUAUUUACAAAUACGAUCCAUGGGACCUUCCAAAGCUUGCGGCAAUGGGGGAGAAAGAGUGGUACUUCUACUGUCCAAGAGACAGGAAAUACCGGAACAGCACGAGGCCUAACCGAGUAACGGGAGGUGGAUUCUGGAAAGCUACUGGAACAGACCGUCCUAUAUACUCAUUGGACUCAACUCGAUGCAUCGGGUUGAAGAAGUCGCUAGUGUUCUACCGUGGUCGAGCUGCUAAAGGAGUCAAAACCGAUUGGAUGAUGCACGAGUUUCGUCUCCCUUCUGUCUCUGACUCUCAUCACUCAACAUAUCCCAAUUACAAUAACAAGAAGCAACACCUUAACAACAAUAACAACAGCACUAAAGAGAUACCUUCAAACGAUGCGUGGGCGAUAUGUAGAAUAUUCAAGAAGACGAAUGCAGUAUCGUCACAAAGAUCAAUCCCACAAUCUUGGGUUUAUCCAACGAUCCCUGACACUAACCAAUACAACUCACACAACACUGCAACUCUCUUAGCUUCAUCAGACGUACUCAACCACAUAGCAACAAGACAAAACCUUAUCCCUUCUCCAGUCAACGAGCACACAAGCUUCACAGAAUCAGCAGCUGCUUACUUCGCGUCUCAGAUGCUUGGAGUUCCGUACAACAACACAUCAAGAAACAUCGGAACAGGGGAUGCUCUGUUUCUGAGAAACAGUGUAACAGGGGAUGCUCUGUUUUUGAGCAACAAUGAGAAUAACUACUUCAACAGCUUGACCGGAGCGUUGACUCAUGAGCUUCCAAACGUAAGAUCAAUGGUGAUGGAGGAGGAGGAGACGACGGUCAGUGAGAUAUCGGCGACGUCGUAUUCCACUAACAACUAAAAAGAUCAUAGCCACUACUAUUAACACUUGAAUUAAUGUAGCACAUCGCUAAUAGUAUGUAUUAAUUUUUAAAUUGUGUUUUAUAUAAAUGUUGCUUCGCUUU